AUGGAGUAUAAGUUCCAACCAAAUAAUGUGGGUCAUCCUGGUGACUUAUAUCAACCUAUCCAAUCAAUUCAAGAGACAGUUAUUGAUGCUAAUCAAAAUGUUCCGGUUAACGAUCUCAGCACAUUGCAAAUGAGUAGCAAUACUCAAAGUCAGGAUACUACUAAUCCUGUACAAAAUGAUGAUUCUGUGUUCUCACCGAUUAAACCCUCCACCUUUUAUUCGAAUCCAACACAAAAUGGUCAAUUAUAUUACCAAGGAACACCGAAAAUGCCGGAUAGUUACGCUACAGGUGGUCAAUUUUAUCCGAGUCUUUUUUUUCAAACGUGGCCUUACCCGAGCGCAACAGCUAAUUCAUCGGUUGCUGCUACAAUUGCUGGAGCAUCACCCUGUUCCUCCAAUGCUACUGAAUUAAGCUUUACGCAACCAACUACUGUUAUCACAGAUCCUACUCAAAUGCUUGUUGCGCCCAAUCAGACAGCAACACAGAAUUUCUUUCCUCAAACAUAUCAAGCUUAUUCAACGACGGAUUACUAUAAUCCAUUGCACAGUGCAAAUCUGCUAGCAGCACAAAGUCGCUUAACAGCUCCCACAGUGGCAUGCUCAUCGUCCGGUUCUGCUUCAUCCAGGUCAUCCACCGGUGUUUCUGGCGCUUCUCGUUCCAAAACUAGAAAUUUUGCAUCAGAAGGACGGGAAUGUGUCAACUGUGGCGCCGUUCAGACCCCUCUAUGGCGAAGGGAUGGUACUGGUCAUUACUUAUGCAAUGCUUGCGGACUGUAUCAUAAAAUGAAUGGACAAAAUCGUCCACUGGUUAAGCCUAAGAAGAGACAG